AUGUUCCGCCGGGCACGCCUUAGCGUGAAGCCGAAUGUCAGGCCUGGUGUGGGCGCCAGGAGCUCUGCCGCCGCCAAUCCCCAGCGGGGACGGGAGGCUCCCCGGCCGCCGGAGCCGGCAGCGGCCGGUGACCCGAAGCCAGCGGAGAUCACAGAUGUGCCCCCGGCGGAUUCCGGGCGAGCAAAGCCGCCGGAAGAGGCUCCCCGGAGCAGUAAUGAAAAGACUGAUGGUAAGAAUGAUGUUGAAGAAUCCAGUAAAUCUUCCUCUACUGUUUCACAGAGAAGAAAGCGAAUAUCAAGUACUCCUACUCUGGUUAAGCCUAGUGUCAAUGUUCCUUCAGUGCCUCAUCCCUUAUCUACAGUUAAUCAAGAAGAUCCACAGCCACACCCAAAACCAACAAAAGAGAAACAGCCUUACUCUGACAGAUACCGAAUAUAUAAAGCCCAGAAACUGAGAGAAAUGUUAAAAGAAGAAUUAAGAAAAGAGAAGAAACAGUGGAAAAACAAAUAUGCCAUAAAUGAAAGUCAGAGACCACCAGAUCGUUCAAAAAUGACUAUGAGAGACUUCAUAUAUUACCUGCCAGAUAGCAAUCCAAUGACUUCCUCACUGGAGCAAGAAAAGAAAACUGAAAAGUCAUUGACACCUGUUCAGACAAGAGAGCAAGAAGAUAAGAGUACUCCUGAUGUUGAAGAUAAUGAAGAACUGGAAGAAGAAAUAGAUGAUGGCCCAUUGCUGGUUCCCCGAGUAAAAGUGGCAGAAGAUGGUUCUAUAAUUUUGGAUGAAGAAAGUUUAACUGUAGAAGUUUUAAGGACCAAAGGCCCCUGUGUUGUUGAGGAAAAUGACCCCAUAUUUGAGCGUGGUUCUACAACUACGUAUUCCAGCUUUAGGAAAAAUUAUUAUUCUAAACCAUGGUCCAAUAAAGAAACAGAUAUGUUUUUUUUAGCCAUCAGCAUGGUAGGAACUGACUUUUCUAUGAUUGGACAACUUUUUCCUCACAGAGAAAGGAUAGAAAUUAAGAAUAAAUUUAAACGUGAAGAGAAAACAAAUGGAUGGAGAAUAGACAAAGCAUUCCAGGAAAAGCGCCCUUUUGACUUCGAUUUUUUUGCUCAUUUGCUUCAGAAAGUUCUUGAUGAAGAAGAGAAAAGAAAACAAAAGUCCCUUAAAAAUCAGAAUUUAAGGGAGAAGAAAUCCUCUAAACCACGGAAAAAUGUAAAAGUGAAAAAAGUUACCAGUGAAGGAGUGACUGACAAUCCAGAUGAGUCUAUGAGUGCUAAAAUUUCAGAUACAGAAGAUUCUCAAAAGGAUGCUCAGACAGUUCAAGAAGAACUGCAGCCUCUGACUUUAUCAGGACAGGAUUCAGAACAGAUUGCAUUAGAACCAGACCUAAAUCUAGAAAAAAGAAGGAAAAAUCAAGAUGAAGUUGGUACACAAGAAGUAAAAAAUCUUUCAGGAAAUGCCACUGUUCAGCCAGGUCCUUCUAAAGGAGAAAAACAGAAAAGUAAAUGUCCAUUUUUAAGGCCUGAGGAAAAUGAAGAUGAAGGCAAUAAGGAACAGAAGCUUUCCUGUGUACAAACCAUUGAUGAAGUUGAGGAUUUAUCCUCCAGGGACAAAGUUGUGAAUAAAACUGACCCUGUUCUUUCAUUAAGUCAACAAGAUGCUACAUCAGUAGCAACUGAGGCUUCAGAAUCAAUCACUUCAGAUUUGCAUUCAUCAGAAGUUGGAAUUAGAGUGUUAUGUGAGGUGAAUAAUGCUGAAAGUAGUUGUACAGAAGAAAGAAAUGUUGAACUAAAAAAUAUAUCACUGGAAGCUGAUCAAACAGAAAAUGUUAAACCUAUGGUAAGAGGACGAUUCCAGAGACCUAAACCCAAUUUAUCAAGGGCUGUAGGGAAGAAAUCCAUUCUUUCACAAGGUAAAACAGAUGCCAAGAGCAAGAAUUUACAUCCGGAAGCUUCAGAUGAAAAGACCCACAUGGAAAAAGAUAAAAUGAAUUCAUUUGACAUUUCUGGAAUGGAGAAUACAGAGAAAGAAAACGCCGAAGCCGAUACUGUAUCUAAUUUGAGUGAAAAAAUGAAUCUACAGGAAGAUAAUCAACCAAAGGCUUUCAGACCUGCACGACUGAGGGGCCGAUUACAGAGGCCAAAGCCAAAUGUAGUUAAAGCUGCUGAAAGAAAAGAAAUCCUUGCAUCAAAGGAAGAAAUUGGGGCCAAUGUAGAAAAGAAUGAAAAUGAAUCCUGUGUUGAUAUAAAUACUCCUGAACAAAUAGAAGAUCAGUCAUGUGAUUUCACCUCACAAUCUGGAAAAAAAGAUACUUCUUUUCAAAAUGUGCAACCAGAUGAGCCCAAGUCUCUUAAUGAAUGUUCAAGUAUUCAAGAGGAUAAUGAAGCAAAUAUACUCAAACAGGUUCCAGUUCUAAAGAAUCGAUUUCAGAAACCAAAGCCAAAUAUAGGAAGAAGAACUGGAAGAAGAGACAUUUCCUCAAAGGAAGAGUUACCAGAGGAGAUUGUUGUUUCUGGGAAAAAGACAGCAGCAAGAUUAGAAAUCUCAUCAAAGGAGAAGGUACCAGUGGAGGCUAGCACUACAAAGGAAAUUGAAUCAAAGUUAAAAGAAACUGGGAGAAGAGACAUCUCUCUCAGGGAGAAGAAACCAGAAAUAAUUGACUUCACCAUGGAAACGGUGACAGAUUUGAAAGAAACUGGAAGAGAGAUUUCUCCAAGGGAGAAAAUUCUAGAGGUAACUGGUGCCAUUGAGGAAAGAGAGAUGGAUUUUGAAGAAACAGAGGAAAGAGAAAUAUCCACACAGGAAAAGGCCCCAGAGGUCAACACUGUAGGGGAAGUGGAGGCAGGGAUGAAAGAAUCUGGAAUGGAGAUUUCUCCGAGGGAAGAGAUACCAGAGGUGACUAUGACUAAUGCCACUGAGAAAAGAGAGACGGAUUUGGAAGAAACUGAGAGAAGAGAAAUAUCCACACAGGAAAAGGCCCCAGGGGUCAACAUUGUAGGGGAAGUGAGGACAGAUUUGAAUGAAACUGGAAUGGAGAUUUCUCCAAGGGAGAAAAUUCUAGAGGUGAGUGGUGCCAUUGAGGAAAGAGAGACAGAUUUGGAAGAAACAGAGAAAAGAGAAAUAUCCACACAGGAAAAGGCCCCAGAGGUCAACACUGUAGGGGAAGAGAAGGCAGUGAUGAAAGAACCUGGAAGGGAGAUUUCUCCAAGGGAAGAGAGACCAGAGGUGACUAUGACUAAUGCCACUGAGGAAAGAGAGAUGGAUUUGGAAGAAACCAGGAGAAGAGAAAUAUCCACACAGGAAAAGACCCCAGAGGACAGAGUUACAGGAGAAAUAGAGGCAGAUUUGAAAGAAAUUGGAAAAGAAACUUUCUCAAGAGAAAAGAUCAGUGCUGUAGAAGAAAUGGUGGCAGGUUUGGAAAAAACUGAAAAAAUAGAUAUUUCUCUAAGGGAAAACGAACCAGAGGAGACUGGGACCUCACUACAAACUGAGACAGAUUUAAUGCAGAGCAGAAGUGUUGAUUGCAGUGCUGUGCCUUCACUAAAUAUCAAAAAUAUUAGCAAUGAAGUCCUAUCUGUGGUGCAUACACCUGUAGAGGAAAAGGGAAAUACUGAAAAGGAAGUGUCCAGCCAGUUGAAUCAUUGGAAGACUUCUUUGAAGACUUCUGAACUUGAUAAAACAGAAGGCCAGGGGACACCAUCUGCAGAUGUUCCAGAGCAAUUUUCAGAUAUUAACUUAAGCAAAUCUCUUCCUCAAGAACAGAAGCCAUUUAAGCCAGCACCUUUUAUGAGAAGUCGAUUCAAAAGACCAAAACCAAACUUAUCAAGAGCAACUUUAAAAAGAGAAACUAUGGAAGCAGAAAAACAUGUACCUGGGAAGAAAUUGGAAAUGGAUAAAAUAGAGACUAUUAUGAUACAACAGGAUGGUGAACAAAUGAACACUCUCCCUUCUCAAUCUGAUGUGUCUUCUCUGAUGACAUCAAAAGAAAAAGACAAAUCAGAUCAUAGGCAGGAGGAGGCUGGGAUGUUACCAUGUGAACUGACAGAAAAGAACCUUUCACCUUCAAGUUUUUGUGAAUCUAAAGAGGCCUCUCAGUCUACACAAGUCCAGGAAAAGGAAUUACCUGUUUCUAUUGGGAAUCAUAAUAAUAUAAACACUUUUCAACAAGAAAUGAAGGAAAGUAUUAUCCAUACUACUCGACCAGUUAGGGGCCGCCUUCAGAGACCAAGACCAAACAUAAAAAAGGCUGGACAUAGGCAAAUGGAAGAAAAAGGUGAAGCCAAAGGCAUAGUUGAAAAAGAAAGGACAAAAUUACAAAAAGAUGAAACUGAAAAGAAAUUACUGAAUGUGCCAAAUUAUCAAAUUGGAACUGAAAUUGAAAAUAUAUCCUCUAAAGUUUCUGAAGGAAGAAUGUAUGAAAAUCAGAGUCACGUGACUCUUCUAGAAAACCUUCAUAUUAACAAAAUUGAUGUUUUAGAUAAAAAGAUGAGUCCAGCACAAUUGAUAAGAAGGCAGUUCCAAAACCCUGAGCCAAAUUUGGGAAGAGCACAUGAUAAGAAAGAGGAAAGAGUUAUAGAAAAAGACAGAGCAGAUCCGGGUAAGGCCUGGAGGCCAGAAGAUAAUUUGCUGCAGCAAGGAGAUUCUGACAUCCAGCUCCUUCAAAAGGAAAAAGCUGAACUUCUAACAUCUCUGGAGGUUUCAGCAAGAAAAGAUUGUAUAGGUUCUGAAGAGGCUGGUUUGGCCCAGAAAGAACUUCAAUCAGAAGUUGGACCAUCGGGAAGUAUGGGACAGAAAACUGAAGGGGAUAGUUCUGUGUCUCCAGUUGUUGAAGAGCAGCAUCUCAGUAAAUUAGCAAGCCAUUCACAACUAUUAAAAGAAUCAAAUUACUCUAAAAUUGCUCUCAAUCAAAGAACAGCUAUCUCUUCUGCCGUCGGAUAUGAGAUGGAUCAUACUGAAAGGAGAACGCAUCGAAAGAUCAAACCAACUGUCAACAAAGGGCGUGGAUCAAAACGAAUUCGGAGUAAGACUUCUAAGAAGGAACCUAGAGCUCCCAAGGCCAUGCUGGUGACUCUUAGGGCUUCCCAGGAAGAGGAUGAAGAUGAUGGUGAGGAUUUUGAAUCUGUCUAUGAAGAAGAAAGCUAUCAUCUUGCUCCAGAAGAAAUAAACAAAGCUCCAGUGUUUGUACCUGUUGGUCUCAGAUCUCCUGAACCUGUUUCUACUCAUAUUGAGGAAACAAUGGAAGAGCUUGAAAUAACCGUGAAUGUCCCAGAUAUCGGAUUCAUAACUGUUGAUGAACAUCAGCUCUCAAACACAGAUGUGACCACACAGGAAAUGAAACAAGAAGAAAAUUUGAAUGUAUUGUCAGUUGAAAUGACCACAGGUGAACAUAGCCAAGAUGAAACAGAUACCAACGAUGGAAGCACUGAAGCUGCCAUUACUUUACUUACAAUGGGAGAUCUAGUGUUGCAGUCAGAGAUCUGUACAGAGCAGAGUGAUGGAAUAUGUGUACUUCCUGGUGUUCAUUCAAAGGAUAAAAGCCAUAUUCCUUUUAACCCAGAUAAUGUCAGUGACAAAAUUGUUUCUGAAUAUCAGGAGCUUUCUUCACCUGUCAGUAGUAUACCUCUUUCAUCAUUAGAAGAAAACAAGAUUGGAUUGGAGGAACAAAGUACUAAAGAAGAAAUUGGUUUACUGGAGAAAGUGAAGGAAAAUGCUAGAUCAACCAGGAAUACAACUUCUGAGGUGACCAAUAAUUUGAGAAUGAGAAGGAGAUUUGCCAAGCCUAAGCCAAAUCUUAAGAUUUUAAGGACCAACAGAUUUGGUGCUCAUCAGGAAGUUCCCAAUUUGCUUGUAACCAAAGGAGAAGUGGAAAUUCAAAGAGAAACAGAGAAAAACGCUCCUAAAGCAACAGGAUUAGAAGAUAAAAACCUUGAAUCAGAAACAAUAGCAGAGAAUAAGGAGCAGAGCAGAUUGGCACAUGACCAUGCAAUUGAAGAGACCAGUAUUUUGCAGGAAGCAAGCCUAAAGGAAAGAAAGGAAGACCAAGCACAGGGAUCUCAAGAAAUUCAGAUAUUGUCAUUUGCUCCAGUUGUUUCCUCUGAGACAAGCUCCCACACACUUGGUUUGGGUCAGGGUCUUAGUGAGAGUUCUGUUGGAGAGCCCCUGGCAAAGGACUCGAGUGGAGACAAUGUGCUUACAUCUUAUGUGCCUGAGUGUAUACCAACUAGUAUUCCAGAAGUUCAACAAGAGAAUGUAAGCAAUCGUCAGGAUUUAGCAGUGAAUCUAGUUGGUAACAUACAUCAUGAUGCUGAGGAAGAGCAAGCAUUCAUUUUAACUCUGGUGGAAAUUCCAACCAAUGCAGUAGAAGAAUUUACUGAUAACGCUACACAGUUAAACCCUUUACUGCCAGCGCCUAUAUUGGUCAAGUCUGUGACUACAGAAGAAAAGGGUGACAUGAGUAUGAAUUUUCCAAUAACUUCAGUUGACCAGGAUGCCAUGUGUUUUUCUAAUUCUGGAAGAAAUGCUUCUGAAAAGCCUCCUACUAAUUUGGAUCUUAUGUCUAGGAAGAGAUUACAUUCUAGGUCUGAUGAAAGUGACCAUGUUCCUCCUGCCAAAAAACAUUCACUCACUCUAAGAAAUGAUUGUCAAGAAUAUACCUCUGAGGUAUGUUCAAAGGAAUUGAUAAAUGUUUUUGAGGAGACAGGGAUGUCUUACAAGGGACAAAGUAUCUUCUCUACUUCAGAAAGCACGCAUACAACACCAGAACCUCAGAAAGAGCAACUUGAAGAAACUUUUCAGAGUAUGGGAUCUUCACCUCUUGAUAAAAUAAUAGAUACACACGUAGAAAAGAAUUCACCUCUGUUACCUCAGGAUAAGGUGGUUGUGUCUGAUAAGAAAGAAGGAACUUGUGCAGCUUCUAAGUCUGAACAAGUGGAUAGCAUCACAUCAUCUUCAAAAACCCCACUAUCCAGACCUGGCAGAAGACCCUUGGGAUUUUUGUCUUUAAUAUGUUCAAAGAAUAAUUUGGAGUCUGAUGAACCUACUCAGGUUCAUAGAAAAAAACGCUUAAAACCCCUUAUACCUAUAUCAAGACAGAAUUUGAAAAGAUCCAAUCCACUUAGUGAAAGCCAGAAAAAAGUUCAAGAAUCCUCUGAUAUGCAUCCAUCUCCAAGUGUUGUUAAUACUCAAUCUGAGGAUAUUGGCAAUUCAGCAACUCAGGUUUCUUGUGAUCGUUCCUUACCAAAAGAAGAAUGUAAAAGUGCCCACAACCAGGCACUUGAAGAAGAGUCAGACACAGUCUCUGAAUAUUUCUUUAGUGAUAUUUUUAUUGAAGUGGAUAAAACAGAAUGA